UUCUCGCCCGGGGCGGGGCGGGCUCUGCGCUUCCGGUUCCUGUGAGGCGGAGCGAAAGGGGCGGUUCCGGUUCCGGUUCCGACGGCAUGGCGCGGAGCACGCUCUCGUCCCGCUUCCGCCGCCUCGACAUCGAUCAGUACGACGAGAACCGCUUCGUGGAGGAGCCCGAGGAGGCGGCGGCGGCGGAGCCCGACGCGAGCCCCGAGGUGGAGGCGCUGCUGAGGCAAGGCGAGGCGCUGCGCGCGCUGCACGCGGCCCUGCGGAGCGCCCCCGCCCAGACGCGCAGCGCGGCCCUGAAGGAGCAGGCGCAGGGAACCAUGCUCAAAGUCCUCACGUCUUUUAAAAGCAGUGAAAUCGAACAAGCGGUGAACUCCUUAGACAGAAAUGGUAUUGACUUGUUAAUGAAGUAUAUUUAUAAAGGAUUUGAAAAGCCAACAGAAAAUAGCAGUGCAAUAUUACUCCAGUGGCAUGAAAAGGCAUUAGCAGUAGGUGGACUAGGUUCCAUAGUAAGAGUUCUUACAGCAAGAAAGACUGUUUAAAGACUAUUAAUUCAAACCAAGACAGCUAUCGGUUCUGGACCCAGAAGAAGGAAGUAGCUGAAGUGACACUGGUCCAUCUUGAUUAGAGAUUGCAAUCUACUGAAAUACUAUGGAAACCUCCUCUUGGACUGCUUUUAACCUAUAAGGUGGAAAAAGAGUAAAGGUAUUCCUGUAUAUUCUGACUAUCACAUACAGGAGCCGAGACAUUCUCCUGAUUGCUUCUUUUAAGGCAGAGAGAAGGCAAACUCCUGCCUUCUACUACUGAAAGUGAGCAGGUAUUUUCAGAUGUUGCUUUAUCAAAGUGUGGUGAUCCAAGAUCCUGUCUGUACUGCUUAUUUAAGAGGGAGCUAUGAUCUUCACAAAUGCAAUUCUGACAGUUUAUGAAUGGGAGAAGGGUUUAUUAGAAAGAUGAUUUUGUAUAUAUAUGUGUGUAUAUAUAUAGAUAGAUAGAUACAGUCACAGGACAGCUGGACUAUGGGAUUGGUUUCAUUGUAAAGUGCCUGCUGCAUCAAUAAAGUUCUUGGAUCAUACAAGUUAA